UCAGCUGCGUACGAAGGCCUGCUCCUCUGGUUACAUAUCUGCCCUCCCGGAGCAAGAGGCGGGAGGAGGAGGGGGUGGUGGUUUUGGAACGGGGAAACAUCAGAGGCGGGUAAUGAGAUACAAAUAAAAAAUUUAAAUACAAUAUUUAGAAAGUGACGCUGAUUGAUAAAGACUGUAAAUCUGGUUCCCUAAUGGAAGCGGAUGGUUUUGUUAGGAGACGGCGGAUGUCAGCGGAAACCCCGGGUGGGGACGGCGGGGUCGCAGGAGCUUCGGCCGGUGCAGAGAUUCGAUGGAUCGGUGGCAGAUUCUGGGGUGUUCCGGAGGGAAUUGUCGGAAGCCUAUCUCCUCGGAUUGGAGGGGAGUCGGACUUUCAGGCUGUUCAAAUGCACGGCCCUCCGGAGGCCCUCGAAAUCUCUGAACCAGACUAUGAAGGUCUGCCACAGGGAGCGUCCACUACUACGUACAUGCUUGCUGGAGCCGUCGCAGGGAUCAUGGAACACUGUUUGAUGUUUCCAAUCGACUGUGUCAAGACGCGCAUGCAGAGCCUGCAGCCGGAGCCGGCGGCGCGCUACCGCAACGUGAUGGACGCCCUGUGGCGCAUCGUCCGGACGGAGGGCAUCUGGAGGCCCAUGCGGGGCUUAAACGUCACGGCGGUGGGGGCGGGGCCGGCCCACGCGCUCUACUUCGCCUGCUAUGAGACGCUUAAAAAGAAACUGAGCGACGUCAUCCACCCCGGAGCUAACAGCCAUGUGGCGAACGGAACCGCCGGAUGCGUGGCCACCUUGCUUCACGACGCCGCCAUGAACCCAGCCGAAGUCGUGAAGCAGAGGAUGCAGAUGUACAACUCCCCAUACCGCAGCGUUUUAGACUGUAUUGCCGCCAUCUGGCAGAAAGAGGGCGCCGGUGCGUUCUACCGCAGCUACACCACCCAGCUCACCAUGAACGUGCCCUUCCAGGCCCUGCACUUCAUGACCUACGAGUACCUGCAGGAGGCGCUCAACCCGCACAGACAGUACAACCCCUCCUCGCACGUGGUGUCGGGCGCGCUGGCGGGGGCGCUGGCGGCGGCGGCCACCACGCCGCUGGACGUCUGCAAGACGCUGCUCAACACGCAGGAGGCGGUAGCGCUGCACUCGGUCAACUCGAGCGGACACAUCUCGGGCCUGGCCCACGCCUUCCGGACGGUCUACAGGCUGGGCGGCCUGCCCGCCUACUUCAAGGGCGUGCAGGCCCGCGUCAUCUACCAGAUGCCCUCCACGGCCAUCAGCUGGUCCGUCUACGAGUUCUUCAAGUACGUCAUCACCAAGCACCAGCACGAGAAGAGGAGACGGGAGCGGGACGGGGAGAAGUAGCGAACCCCCCUCCCACACCCUCCCCCCCCCGCAGGGGGGCACCGGAGCCAGAUCAGGACUGAAUAGAAAACGUAAUGAUACGCACAGUAAUUAAAAAAGAAUCCCUCCCUGUUUUCCUCUCAGACAAAGUUUAAUAUGAAAAGAGCUCCAUACAUGCUUAAGCAAACAGGCAAGCAUGACUGCUUCAGGACACGUGCAAAAAAUUAAUUUAGCCUGAAGCGUCCUCAGCACCCCUGCACUUAGUUCUCGCAAUUAAAUCGUAAAGGUCAUAGUGUUUCCUGUGGUUACCACAAGGGGGCACUGUGGGUCUCUCUUGCUCUGUCGCGCGCUGGUAGGAGCUCUGCAAGGGAGGGAAUUGAAGUGUGUCAGACAGCAAUAAGUCAUUAAGGAACAGAUAACUGAGAUUGAGCUCAGUUGUUAUAUAGUGUGGCCACUUGAAAGUCCCUGCUCACUGAGGUGCAUGUGGAAAAGAGGCACAUCUGCAGUUUGAAUCAGGAAUGACAUUGCACUGAAAAGGUUGUGUAUGCAUUUUCGGGUAGCGAUUCCUAUUUUAAAGUAAACUGAAGUUUUUAUACAAGAUAAAGAUGUAUAAUUUAAUUUAUUAGAAUGCAGCCUUUGUUAUUCAAAUGAGUUCUGCAUGGCAGUUGACAACCACAGCUCAUUCCGUUCGGAACCGGGGGUGAGGGAGUUGGGGGGCGGGGGGUUAUCCAGUAACACCGUUUGGGACAGUAGGAAGAUGAUUUCCUUGAAGUGAGGUAUUUUCUUUUGUGCACACCCCCACCCACUGUAAUGUCAGGUUUUGUUAAGGUCCUUUGCUAAGGAGCCAAAGUGUAAGAGUGUGUUGUCCUGCCGUGCAGUCCAGAGCAACAUGUCUAAUGGUGUCUGAUUGGCCAGGACAUUGUCCCGACAGCAGCAUUGCUGGAUUGGUCGUCCAUGAAAACUCUGCAAGCUGGGCAGUGGCAGGGGUAACCGCUGCCGGUCACUCCUGUGCCGUUGGCAGUGAUACCGCGGCAUGUCAUAUCACAUUUCCGCGGAGGGGGUCCUUCAAAGUUGCGAAAUGGCCGGCCUUAAACAGAUUCACGUGUUUAGCAUGCACGGUGAGGACUGUGCUGUCAGAACGGGUUUUAAUUUAUGCAUCAGUGAGUGGGGCAGUCGGGCUCAAAAGGUCUGGUUCUGCUCAUGUACUUAUUCCUGACACAUUGGUCCCCGUCAGCACACUGAAACCGGUGUGAGGUGGAUAGGUUGAACAGUAGUGAAUGUAAGAUGAGAUGCUGCUGGACUGUAUGUCACGACUGCUAUCAGACCAGAAAACCAAAUAUGUAAUGUUGUGGAUGUAUGAAAGUUGAUUUUUGCCUAAAAUCACUUAUUUUUGCCUGUUAGUUAAAUCUGCAAUUCAAAAUUCCUCCCAGUGGUUAACCUCUGGGUUAAAGUCUCAACCAGUGGUUUACAAAAAUGGGUGCAUUGAACAUAACCGAGACCUCAGCGGGAAUUCAAAGCUCCAUUGUUUAGUCUUACAUUUCCUCAAUAACUUUGAAGCAUGGGAUCAUGGGAAGGGUUACAGGCAAAAUUGCUUAUUCAGGGAAGGAGUUGUGUGUAUGACCAGUGUGCCUAUCAAUUAAGGCUGCCCAUGUCACUAGGACUCAUUUGGAAAGGUGUCAGGAUUGUGAUGGCCAAUGACUAAAGCACCUGCUUGUUGAUCAUGAAUGGAAACGCUCAUAUUGAUUUUUGUCUGCCUGCCCUCUAACCCUUGUCAGCUGUCAAUAAAAUCGGAGCAGUAGAUUUCUGAAAGCUGCUUGCUCAAGCUGGA